CACCGCCUCUCCCACGUAUCUCACUCGCGUGCGAUACUCAAUAAGAAUCACGUUGAAGGGUGGCCCAGGAUGAGUCGAGACAAGAUCGGUGAAUCUCUCCGCGCCGAAGACGAGAUGGAGGUCGCGUCGCAGUCGAGAGCGAAGAGGCUGGCGGUGUCUUGGCCGCAGUCGAUGGAAGAUGAGCAAUCGUUGCAGCGGCUGAGCCAGAAGGUUGCGCUGGAGAGGAGGCAGCGUGACCUGGGCGAGCGAAAGCUGCGAGACGCCACGCGGGAGCUCGAGGAUUGUCGCCUGCAGAUGCUCACUCUCGGCAAGCAGUUCAGCAGAAUGCAGGAGAUGGCGAGAAUCUUGUUGUUGAGCGGAAGCCGUCGCGAAGACGAUGACCCAUCAGAGCCCAGCACGCUUGCCAAGGACGAUGGCACGCGGCGCGGCACGCGUGGAGUGGUCGGGUCAGCGGGUUCGGCGGCCUCGGAGGUUCCGGACGACGGCCCCCUCCUCGACACGUCUCCCUCGGCUGUGCGCUCGCUCACGCAGAGGCUGCACUACCUGGAGGCACAGAACUGUGCACUAGCGCUUGAAAAUUCAGCCCAGCGUGAGCACUACAGCUGCUGCCUUGAUGAGGUGUCCAAGCAGGUCAUGCAGGCUGUGUUGACGCAGCAGGCUACGAGGGAGCAGUGUUCGGCGCUAAAGGCGCGGCUCAUGAAUGUGGAGCGGCAGAACCGAGCCCUGGCCACAAUCCUGCUCGAGACCCUUGGCAUCCCCGCCUGCCGUGGGGGGCUGCAGUGCCACAGACAGCCGCGGCUGGCAUUCGAUCAAAGCGGAGCUCUCUUUCCCGGCCGCAAGAGAGGGCGACACUUUUAUUCAGCCGGCUCUCGCCCCCACGAAGGCCACAGGCCAGCGUCGCCCCUGCCCAGCGUCGACUCGUCGCCCAGUCGCCCGGCGACGUUCCCCAGUUCACUGACAGUCACUCGCGGCGAAGAUACCCUUGCUCACGGAAGGCAGAGCUUUGGCGGCAGCACCCCAUCAUCCGACACUGACGCGUCAGUCAGCGACGGCGAGGACACCUUCCGAGACGUGGGCGCUUUUCACGGCGAUGAGUUUUCACACCGCGGAGACGCCUCGCACGGCGAGGGCAUUAAACUAACGUGGGCAGAGCAGCGCAGCAGGCUGCGUGACAGCUGUAACCCAUCGCCGGCGAGCAGCAAUCUUCAUCUCGGCAGUCGGGAGCGCGCACAGUUUCUGUUGGAGAAAUGGUCAUGGACCAGAGGAUUACGUUCCACUAAGACGGAGUGCUCUCCAAGGGACCCGGCAGCUCUACCGCCAAACAAUAAACCAUGCACUGCUGUGAGCAGGUACAGUGACAAUAAAGGGUCGUCUGAGAUGGCAUAUUCUGUUCGUUGCGCAUCGUCGGAGUUUCGUGAAUGCCCAGGCGAUGCGCCUGCUGAUGAGAUGCAAGUUGUCGUGGAAGAGGAGGAGGUUGUAAGAAGUAGCUCUGCUGCAAGGCCAAUUAAUGUAAAUUCCCGGUUCCUAAAAUCUCACAAAAAAAAGAGCGAUAAGUUAGACGGGGCGGUGCAUGACAUCGCGUCUUGUGAGCCUCAGCGUAUCAGGAUAAACACGCAUGAAUCUCUCCAGGCCGUUUCGGGUAAACUCUCGGCGAGAGACAUCGAAUGCGUGAACGAGUCGAAUGAAUUGCACUGUGGCCUGCCGGUGUCCAGUCAGAGCUUGACAUCGAGCGCUUACGGUCCGCGAGAUUUUUCGCUGCGUCCCGCGCGCCCUGAAGCGGGACGGAGGAAGACGGCGGCUGCGGCGCACGCAAAGCCGAGGUCCGUCGACGCGAUUUCUAUAGCGGGGAAAAUCACGGCCCCACAGCUGGAUGCGGGCGAUGCGCCGUGCGCACCGAGGGCCUCGACCGAGAUCCAUUCCGUGUCCUUGGCCGAGGCGAGCGACGGCGACAGUGUACAUCGCGACGGACAGCGCGCGGAUCGCGGCCGCGGUUUGUCCAAGGUGGACAAGCCACAGCUCAGGCCAGCCCUCGGGACACAGAUCGCGACGGCGAGGAGCCAGAGUUUUAGCAAGCAGCCAACCAAAUCUUCGUCCCUCGGCCCCAGAAUCAGGACUCGCAUCAUUACCGGCACGGCAAGGCGGGCGGAGCUUUACGGUGGCGGCGUUUCGCUUGCCGACGCGUCGCACUUUGCGGCGGCCGGCGCGCGGGGGGAGAACUUUCACUCGAUGUCGAAGGUGGACGUGAUUUCCAAUCGAAUGACGUUAGAGCACAGGCCUCAGUCGGAGCCUUGUCUACUCAGGGAGAGUGUGAAGUGUUUUCAGCGGCCUUCGCCAAACAACGUCGGCGCUUCGCAAGCGCUGGCACCUUCCCACUAUGCAGCACGCUGGGAUGCCAACGUGGCCGUAAAGGAAUGCGAAAGUGUCAAUGACUUGGUCUCUGCGCGGGUGGGUGAGUCCAAGUUGACCGUGGAAAAAGGUCAGAGAGAAGAAAGUGACGGAACUGCAAGCAUCAAACAGAAAUUAGCUAGAUUGUCUUAUAUAUUUUCGAGAAAAAGCUCAGAGACUAAUUCCGACAUAAGAUUCCAAUCGAAUGGUGGGACACGCAGACCAAAAACAGAAUUAAUGUCACCAAAAAGCACGAUUGAGCCACAACAUCGGACCACGAAUGCCCCCAGGAGCAGCGAAGCUCUCGUGCCCAAUUCACCCGAAUGUGCGCCGAGUCCAGCAGACGGGAAGUACAAGGGUGGCGACAGCCUUGAAAAGGUCAGGGGUCAUCCCGGAUGCUUCAUUAGCUCCCCUUUGACGGAGUUGGUGCCCUCAUUCGUGCCUCUGCCGUCCAUCGAGGAAAAAGUCAUGCAGGAGAUCCAGGCGAACGUGCUGAGGCAGUCCGAGAAGCAAAUGCUGGUCUCCGCCGGGAGCAAGACGUCCCUGGUGAAACCGUUCUUCAUCGCAAGUCUCCUGGGCCUUCGCAGGAGCAGGCCUUCGUGUGGCAGGGCGGCGGCACCCCCCGUGGGUAAAGCCACGGCGCCCGAGAGAGCGGGGCGAGACCCGGCAAUGCCGCCGCCGCCGUUGCCACCUCAAGACCAGGAGAAUGAGGAGCGCGCUGGGGAUCGAGCGAAGCCGAGCAAGUGGAUUGAGAUGAGAGGAAGGCGAGCAGCGGCGACGGGGACUGGCGUCGCGCCGGACGCUGGACAGAGGCCGGGCGCAAAUGGAAGUUGGGGAACAAAUGGAGGUCCGGGCGACGCUUCAGACGUGCAAGGAGUUGGGACGAAUACUCCGACAAGGGAUGUGAGGGCAGCGUGUCUUCUCAGUGACAGCGCAGAGGACGCCGGCAAUGGCCAUGCCCGCUCUCGCUCGCCGUCCCAUAAUGCCUUGCUCCUCAAGAAUACCCGCAUGCCCAGCGCCGAUCGACUGCGCACCGCCGGUGAUGAGGAUGCGAUUGGGGACGGCGUGUCACCUGCAUCGCGCGGAGAAUCGUCAUCACCGCGGGGAGAUGGGCAGCGCUUCACAGAUUUUGCACGUGAGACGCAUACUCUGGACAGCGGCAUCGGAACAUUCCCCCCUGUGGACCCGGCCACACGCAGCAGUGGCAGAACAUCCCUGUGGCGCGUGCUCAGCCUCACCUCCCAGAAUGACCCGAAAAAAUCCCAGAAGCCCUCUGAAUCUCCCCACAAUUGCCCGCAGCAGAAGUCUAAAAUUCCACCCGGCGCUCCACGCGGCCCCCUGGCACGCAAGCUACCGCACGCGGAGCCGCACGGGGCUUCGCACGGCGAGCCAGGCCCAGGCCGCCCCUGGCGCGCGAAACCACGGUGGGCACCGCGAGGCCACACCGGCGCCGCUCUGCGAGGGAGCGAGGCGGAGGCGGGCGACAGCGCCCGCAAAUCUGACGCGUGGGAAAACGAGAAACGGCCGCCACUGCGUGAAGCUGGAGGGGCCUUGCCGGAGGGAAGUCACGGCGCAGCAGCUCCUGUGCCCAGGCUCGCCAUCUCAGGACACUCCCUGCAGAUCCAGUGCUACCAGUGCGAGGAGCUGAGGCUCAACGACGACUGCUCAGCGCCGGAGAAUGUGGCCAACUGCACUGUGAACGUGCAGGACGCGUGUCAGAAGGAGGUGCUGGUGAGAGAGCAGGGCACCUUCUACCGCAAAUCGUGCGCAUCAUCAGCCGCGUGUCUAAUCGCCUCGGCCGGCUACCAAUCGUUCUGCUUGCCGGGCCGAGUGCGUUCCGUGUGCAUCAGCUGCUGCAACACGCCACUCUGCAACGGUCCCAGAUCGUUGAAGCGUCGAGUCGUCUUCGGUUCUGCGGGCGCGACGAGGCAAGCGCGCCCGGCACUGGCGCUGCUGGCCGGCGCCUGCCUCUUCCUAAGCGCGCUCCGCUCUGCGCUCCUCUGGACCGACGUUCCUUCCCGGCCUGCGUACGCGUCGCGAACGCCGUAGCGGACGGGCGACGAGCUUGACGGUGAAGAUUUGAAGAACGUCGUCUGGCGAACGCCGCACAAUGCUGGGGGAGGGGAGGGGGAGAGUUAAACCAUGGUUGUCCAAAAAGUUGGGAGAUGGGGGCGGUGGAGUGGAAGGUUCUGCUAUUCGUGAUGUGGAAAUUAAGCAACUGCUUAACGUCCGCGAAUGAGGAGGCACGUGCCAGCACCAGGAGCCUGGUUUAUCGUUGACUUGUAAUGGCUUAUCUAUCCACGUGACUGGAUGGCUUAGCUGUAAGGAUUGCCCCUUAGAGGUAUGUCCGCCGAAUGAGAUGGCACCUCCCUUUAAUCCAGCAACAUGGGACGCCUGCAGACGCAUGCUGCCAAGAUUGUGUGUUGUUCCGUGUAGAUGGUUCUAUCCGGGAACGUGAUGCGGAUGACACUCACCUGCUCCGGAACGUGGUGAACAAUGUAGCAGAGAUUUUCUCCAGGCACUCAAGUUUCCUCUUACAAGAACAACAACAACAACAAAAAUGCUCCAAAAAGGAUUUGUCCAAAAAUCCCAAAGCAGAACCUUGAAGAUUCCACAAAGGCUGUUCCUGGUGAUGUUUUAACACGAAAUAAACAAAAAUUAAAGACUUAGCUUUGCGCGGCUUGCUUUGGUGUCAUGCAGGGAGUACAAUUGCACUGACGUGUAACACACCAGGGCAGCGUCUAUGAACCUUGAAGGGAAUUGGAAGUCACUGUCGUUGUGCCACCAUGCUUAUAGGUGCGGUUUAGGUGAUCAUACACCAACCAUUAACUUCGCUCUGCAUAAAACAAGCCAACGGCAUGCCACAGCAACUGUGCAAUAAUAAUAAUAAUGUAAUUUAAAAAAUUGACAUUUAAAAACAUGGUUCCUUUUGACUCCACCACGCCUGAGAAAUUAUAUUUUAAUUCGCCCUUUGUUGUACAAACUCGCAAGCGGGCAGCCCUCAUUGAUUCACUACCAAAUUUGCAGUCAACGACUCGAGGACAUGAGAGAGGAGCACUCAGUCUCUCGUUUUCAUGCCCCCCACCCCCCGUCUGCCACAGCGAUUGUGACUGCGUCUGCAGACUCCGAGAAACGUCUGGCUCCCUCGUGGGCAGCUGCGUAAGGAUGACGACUCGAUUCCGUGUCCUGGUGUACGGACUCCUUGUAAAAAGGUGUCAGUUUUGUUGCCAGAUAGAAGGGUAAAAAAACCAAUUAUCAUAUUUUUACUGGCAAAUGAGGUUCCCAAAGUGUAAAUGCUUGCCCCGAGCUCUCAUACUCUGAUGGUGCAUUGUCUUUGAGCUGUGCGCCUUUUGGCGUCAUCUGGUCCAACCCAUGUGAGACUAGGCUCUAAGGAAAGCUGUCUCGGGUGUGGACCAAUCAACUUCAAGGACAGUGCACAUUAUCAGAGUUAUGUUUUUGUUUGUAUUAUGACUGCAGGUAUUGCGGUCUAUGCAAACAUGACUCCUUGUAAAAAGGUGUCAGUUUUGUUGCCAGAUAGAAGGGUAAAAAAACAAUUAUCAUGGUGUACCGAGGUUAAGGGAGUUCUAACGCGGGCAACUAAUUCACUCUGUUGCGAAGUAUUUCAAUUUUUUUUUACAUUUUAUAUUUCCUUAUGACAUUACAGACAGCGACGCAUCCUUCUGAAAGGCCGAUGCACACACAUCGUAAUCAAGGUCUUCUCCGGUUGUGAACCAGUGGAUGGGAAAAUACGGGAAGAAAUAAAUAGAGGGAGACGUUAUUGGAGAAUAUAGGAUGAUUACAGGGGGAGAGGAUGGUGGGAUGAAUUAUCAUUACGGAGGGAAAGUCAAGACGAGGAAGGAAUCAACCAUUGUGGAUCGAAGUUUUCUAGAUAACUGUAAAAUAUUGGGGGGGGGGGGGGGGCGGGCUAGUUUGGACAAAACUCUGCUCCCUUCAAAGUCUCGAGAGGCAAGUUGGUCAACACGUCCUGUGUUUGAGAUUCCGUGCACAGAGGAAUAGUGCAUAACACAUACACGACUAACACAAGGGUACAGUAUUGUUGAGAAUAUCGAACGAUAUGAAUUUGAUUUCCACAUUGCAGCACACAAUUUUUUUUCUUUCCCACAAACCGUGCACAGUGAAUUGAGCUCCUGUUUUAAUUAGUACACAUGUACUAAUGUUUUCGUUGUAUAGCGAUGGAAAUGAAAUGCACCACCAAGGUUCUUGCUUCAACAAUCACACCGCCGAUCAUGAGUAAUUUCCACUUGGGAUUCUGACGACAACAGUGUGACUUGUGUGGGCUGACUGGUUCAGGGUAACACUACUUAUAUAUUCCGUGGAUGUUUGCAUUUGUGCUUGUAGGGGUUUUGUUGUUGCCUUUAAUCAAGUCAGUUGCUCAAUAUACAUUUGCAGUGGCAGCUCACCAAUGAAUGCCAAGUGUAACCUGGAAAUGGAUCAUUUACUCGGUGUCAAUGGGAAAAAGAAAUUGCACAGCAUCGAAUGAUGUUUGUCAUUGCCUAUGAUGGUACUACGAAUGCACUGAACAUCUGAUCUUUUGAGUAAACAGCGUAUGGGCGGUGGCGGUGAUGGUCAACAAUUGAGAACAAGAAAUUGAAUUAAAGUUUGCAUCAAACGACUGCAGUGUGUGCAACCCUUUUUGCAAGCCACUACAGGAUGGACUGACACCCUCCAAUGCCUGAUCGGUCAUGGGGUGUUUCUGUGUGACGAUGCUGUUCUUCAGUGGCGACCAGGAAUCCAACUCGGGUCACCAAUGAGUUCACGUUUUCCGACAACCACUCCGUCAAUGCUCUCCCCCCUUCAUCAGUUCAAUAGAAUGCAUGCAUUGAUGCCCUGUGAAGUUCUAUUCGUUUCAUAGAAUGCGCGCAGUUAUGUUAAGUUGUGCUAACUGGUAUUGAAAACAUAAAGCAAUAGGAACAAGUCGGAGGCUAUAAUGUUUAGCAUUUUUAGUCGUACAAUUGUACCAAAACUUGGCAUUCUGACAUCAGUGAUGCUGUAAAUGUGUUAUAUAUAUAUACAACUGUAUUAUCCGGAUUACAAGACGAACUCCCCCCCCCCGCCCCCCUGUUUUGAGUAGAUGAGUUCUCAACGUUUAGAAGAGCCACACGAAAUCUUAAAUCUGUAUUUAACCAAUCUCGAUUCAAGGGGGAAUUGCUCGCUAAACAAUGCGGUUUGAAUUGGUGUGAAAACAGCGGCGUACAGGGUCAACAUAUUAACCGACAGAAAUGCACAACAUUCUUUAAAUUAUAAGUAACGUUUUGCAAAAAAAUAUAUACAAAUCAGUGCAGUAUUAAGAUGAAAAAUAAAGUUUCCACUUAAAACUUUCGUGACUGCAGAAAUUAAUAUUCUUUGGUCCUUUCAGGAAAGUCACGUAGAUAAAAAACUAAAAUAAAAUAAGAAAAAAAUAAAGGUUUUUUGCUUUUAAUUUUAUGAAUGUUUUUUUUUAUUUUCUAUCUACGUGACUUUACCGAAUGAACCAAGAAUAUUAAAAUAAAGCUUUCAGUAAAACACAAAAUAAAGCUUUCACUAAAACACAAAUGUAGACUCCAAUACGGCAUUGUAUAGCGUGUCAACUGGCCUGGUUCUACGACAAAAUCGAAUUGAUUGCAGCACUUACGCGAGCAAGUUGCCAAGAUUGUUUUGAUCAUAAAUGACGUGACUUUACCGCAAGAACCAAAGAGUAAUUCCUGCAGUCACGAAAGCUCCAAAUUAAGUUUAAGAUUGUUUUGAAGAAAAUAUUUCGUGGAUUCCUCCCCAAGCGCUUCACCAUACGCGACUCAAUGUCGCCAUCUGGUGGGCUUGCUGACCGCAUUUACAAGUGAAAUGUACCGCAGUCAUCGGAUUACGCGACACGAAUUUCCCCGCCCCCCCCCCCCCCCCUUAUAUUAUUCCAAUUUAAAGCAGGUGGAGAGAGUGCGUCUUAUACUUAUCGAUCCAAUGAGGCGGGUGCGAGCGAAACCCAGAUUUGUACAACAGCAUCGAUCAAGAUUGAACAGCAUCGAUACCGGGAACAGGCUUCGGGGUGCAUCUUGCUUUUCCGGAGUGUCUUAUCUUGGGAGUAGAGUAAUAGCGAAUAAGAGCACUCCCACCCGCACCCUCCUAGUUUUAUAGUUCAUGGACUACAUUUUCUUCUCUGAACAAUGCGGCAUGUUGCUGGUACCCGAGUCGGCGGCUGUUUAGCCACUGAGCAGUGAUGGUUCGAUGCCUGCAGCCGUCCCAUUAAUUUUUAGCGAAGAAAACCAAAGUUGGCCGUCUCCUGGAGGGCGGACGUUGAAAUACCUUGGUGGUACCAUUGAACACACAAGGUGUACACGGUUGUGCGCUGUUGUCGUAACGCCCGAAUAAUAACAGCAUAGAAAAUCCCUUUAAGAUAAACGUUGAGAUACGCGACGCGUUAACUCGUGCAAAAAAAAAACCUGCGCAGAGAAUUCAACAAAGUUCUACUUUGGUGCAUAGCAUAUACAAUCCUGCCAGCGAACAAGCAAUCAUUGUUGUCAUCAGCCACGGUCAUUCCACGGCUGGAUGAAGGCCUCCCCCAAAGCUACCACCUGCGAUGGAAUAACAGUAACCCGCCCAACGCCUGCUCGACACACAAGCAGAAAUGCAUCGAUCCAUCUCCUUAGAUGGACCGUAUUUCCCCUGCACGUUCCAUUCCUUGGCUGCCACUCACUCCGUUAUUUAUUCUCUGACCAUGUUGUGUGUAAAAUGUAAAUCUCAAGGUCGUAGAUCAAACAAAUUGGGCGAAAAUGUUCUGCAAUAGCGUGGUAAAUUAGUAAAAAACAACGUAUUGAUGCCUAUUCUUUGUGUCUUUCGGUAAAGCCACGUAGAUAGAAAAAAUAAUAAAAAUAUGUUUUUUUCACCUGAUGACGAUUACUUGUGUUGCGAUCGAAACGUCGUGAUAUUUGUUUUAUUUUUUCUAUUUACGUGGCUUUACCAAAAGACCCAACGAAUAUGAAUUCCUGCAGUCACGAAAGCUUGAAGGCAAGUAUUGAUGCAUGUAAUAUUUAAAUUAAAGUACAGAAAUAUAACUUUCCGCGUAGAUAUACGGUAGCUUUAUAGAGUUGGCAUCGAUGCGUUCCAAAUACAAAUUGGCAAAAGUCGAACCUUGUCCCAUCGUGGUCAAUAAAUUCCAUGUUUACAUUCUCUGAUGAUGUGUAAAUUAUACAAUUUUACGAUCGCUUUUUUUAAAUUCACGUUCAUCAAGCAAGCUCUUGAAAGAAAUUAAGAGCACAAAGAGAAAGGCCAUUAGCUAGUCCGUUAGCAUCACGACCAUUUGAUGAUUAAAGUGCUACUUUUGGUUUUGUACUGUCUGAUUGAUCAUAUCUCCACAAUCCCAGGUGUGCAUACUGUAAUGGUCACAAUGAUAAGCAAACCAGUUUGGUGAUGGAGAAAUGUAAGAUAGUGUCGUGGAAACACUGGAUUGUCUUGGAGUGACCUUGGGAUAUUCCAAAAAGGAUGGCUGCAUUGCUGAUCUCAGGUGGCACGAUGGCUUUAAUGAGCAGCCACUGAUGACACAUGAGUAUGAAUCAUGAUUAUAGUUGCACUUUCAAUGUAAAUAUAAAAUGGGUAGUACAGAUGAAUGUGUGUCUGGCCACAAAAAAAACCGCGUGUCUCCAUGGUAGAACGAAGAGUUUGUGCUAAAUGUAUAAACGACUGCUUGUUUUGUGAACAAUGGUGGUUGAUUGCAAAAUGCAAUAGAUAAAUCUGAAGAAAAAAACAAUAUAUUUAAAUAAAACCUUAAUACAUUAUGCAGUGUGUGAUAUUUUGCUUUGCAGCUUUCAAUUACACAGUGAUUAAUAGCGGCUGUCACAUUUAAGUCGUUUACAUUUUCACGCACAAUACGGUCGUGGAAUGAUGGUCGAUUAUUGCAAAUGUGAAUAAUGCGGGCACAUGGUAGAGGUUUGCAUUUAUUAUUCACUGCAUUUUCUCACACAGCGAUUGCGUGCGAUGUACACGCACGUGGGAGAUUUGAAGGGUACGGUUAGUUGGAAAGCAAUGUGUGUGGUUCACAUUUAUCCUGACAUUGUCUUUUGGAACAUUGCAGCACUGCCCUUGCGUUCAUUUGAACACCGCUCGAUGCUGCCCCGUUAACUUGGCAUUUCAGCGGACGGCAUUCCACAGCGCUGUAUGUUGUGGGGCAUGAAUUUCGAAUUAAAUUUCAUGAGAUAUCAAAUGUGCAGACAUGUGUUUUCUUAAUAGCAUAAAUAAACAAUGGAAAUUCCUGAAAUUGCUCUCAUCACAAUUGCAAGUACAGUCAUACGUAUACGUGAUUUCUUAUUCAAAUGAGCAUUGAGGCAGUGCUGAUAUCUUAUUUACAGUGCAAUCCUAAGAGAGUAUAUACAUAGGAAACCACUGCUGACCUACGCACAAAGUGGUGCUCAUUUGUUCAACCCAGAGGGAUGAUGGGCCGAGUCAUCUCCUAACCAGGAUUUGAACAAGU